AUGGAUAUGAACACUCUCACACUCGCCAACGGUCCACUUCGCAUUCGCAUUCCAAAUCCAAAACCAUUCGAAAUCUGGACGUAUCGACCCUCUUCUUUCCAUCGCAUGAAAGGGGAUAUCCUUCGUGCUUGUAUCCAUUAUUUACACUUUCUCCGCACAACUCCCACAACAAACGUCAAACUGUUCUUCUUGAACGCGAGAAUUAGAUUAGUUCCAUCCGAAGGCGAAGGCAGCCUCGUUGAACACGGCGAACUGGAGGGUGACGAACGUCAAAUCAGGGCACAAGCACAUUCGAUAAUUCAAGGCGCUUUGCGUAUCGCUGAAAGCUGGGUUCGGGAACAGACGGGGUCUGAUUUGGUGCAUAGGUUGACGGAAACGGGGCUAGAUCCAAAGGAAUGGGUCAAGGAUGGAUAUGCUACUGAAGACGAAUUGUUGGAUCGAAAUUACCAUUUUACGCUCAUCCAAAACCAAGCCGAAUGUCCUCCAGAGCUGGAUGCGGCUGGAACUCGGGGGUUAUAUGAUUUGAUGAAGCUCUCGCAUCGAGGACAGGAGAUAUACUCUGGAGAGGCACAGAGGAUGGCGAAUUUGUUGGAUGAUAUUGUACCAUUUGCGCAAGAGGGAGAUGGCAGAGCGAUUGAGAGAGGGGAAUUGGGUGAUCCUGACAGGACAGUAUCGACGCUAGAGAUGAUGGAACGAUUCCGAGGUCUGUUAAAACAUUGUACAGGACAGAAGGUGAUUGUGAACGAAAGUGGCGAGCAGUGA